ACCGGAGGCGCGGGCGGCGGGAGCGCCACGGGCCGGGAUUGCCGGGACCGACCCCCGAUCCCCCGGGACCGCCGGGCCCUCUCCGGCCCCGGCAUGUUCACGGACAGGACGGCACCCGGUGCCGACGUGCAGUCGCUGUGGAGGAGCGCCCGGAGCGCGCGCUGCGAGGCGAAAACUUGCCAGACUGGGAAAAUUUCAACAGCAGAAGCUGCAGCACAGUCUCAUACAGCCCGAGAUGCUGCGGUGCAGACAGAACAGAGCAAAGAUGCUGUCCAAGACUUCCAGCAAGAAGUCCAAGUAGAUUACACUGGGCUUCUGUCAUUCCUUCAGAGAGUGGAGGAUGCUGUUAUCAAAGAACUAAAUAAAAACUGGAAAAGUCAUGCCUUUGAUGGCUUUGAAGUGAACUGGACAGAUCAGGAUGAAACAGUGUUGUGUUUGCAUACAUUGUCAUACCCAGAGGCUCAGGAUCAGAACCUGCAGGUCACUGGUGUGUCAUGGAAUGCCACAGGAUCUGUCAUUGCAUGUUCCUACGGCCGGUUGGACGAUGGGGACUGGAGCACAGAGAAAUCCUAUGUUUGUACCUGGAAUCUGGACAGAAGAGGGUUGAAUCCGCAGCACCCUGACCUGGUGGUGGAUGUUCCCAGUUCUGUCAUGUGCCUGGCUUUCCAUCCCUCCCAGCCAUCACUGAUAGCUGGUGGCCUGUUCAGUGGGGAGUUGGUGGUGUGGGACACCAGCAGGACAGAAGACCCUGUGAUCUGGAGGACAGGGAUGACAGAUGACACCCACACUGACCCAGUCUAUCAGGUUCACUGGUUACCUGACACCAGGCACAGAAACCACGCCCGGCUGAUGAGUGUGGGGACAGAUGGGAAGAUCCUCGUGUGGAGGGAGGAGCGGGACGGGCGGCUCGCCUUAGCUGAAGGAUUUGCCAUCGUGGCUCAGCAGAUCCCUCGCAGCACUCGGCUGAAGAAGGUGGCCUGGGGAGAGGCAGCCGUGGGGGUGACCUCGCUGUCCUUCUCACCCUUCCAUGCCGGUGUGUUCGUUGUGGGUGUGGAGGGCGGGUACUGCCUGCGGUGCUCCGCCUCGGCGCAGGGCCCGGCCCUCCCGCGGCCGCGCGGCUCCGUUCCCCUCAGGGCGCCGGCAGAGCUCGCCUUCUCCCCUCACGCUGGGCCCGUCUACUCCGUGAGCUGCUCGCCCUUCCACAGGAACCUCUUUCUGAGCUGUGGGACCGACGGACAAGUUCACUUGCACUCAAUGUUGCAGACACAGCCCCUCUUUGCUCUACAGUUAUCAAAGAAAUACCUGUUCAGUGUACGCUGGUCUCCAGUUCGACCACUGGUUUUUGCAGCUGCAUCUGGGGAAGGAGAGGUGCACCUGCUUGACCUGGGGAGGAGCACGCAGAAGCCCACCGUGUCCCUGAAGCAGUCUGUGAGUGACUGCCCCGUGUAUUGUUUGGAAUUCAACACCAAGCACACGCGGCUCCUGGCAGCAGGGGAUGCUGCAGGGACGGUCAAAGUCUGGCAGCUGAGCUCCGACUUCACUGAGCAGGGACCAAGGGAAAUGAGUCACCUGGAGCAGCUGGCAAGUGAGAUCAUGGACUGAGGGAGCAGCACAACAGCUGUGUGGAGCUUGUAACUGCCCUGACUGCAGGGACAAUUCCCCACUCACCUGUUCCAGUGUUGGCCUGGAAAACACAGGUAACCAACAGCUGGAGUUGCCUCCACAUAAGAGUUAAAUUUGCAUUUAACCAUUAAACACAAAAGUAUGUGGU